UUCUCCCUCACUUGCCUCACAUCAAUAACAUGACGUCCAGAGAGUCAUUUUCGCGAAUUGUACAACUCGCCAGAACAAUCAGUGAGUCAGUGGACAAGAUAGAGGAGGUUUUGGUAGCCGAAGGUAUCGAGUCACCCAGUUUUGACGAAGAUGCCACAUUCAACAUCCCUCUUAAGCUGAGCCCUCAGCAUGAUGCUGUGCUUGAUGCCACUGCAGAGCUUCAUGAUCUUCUGCUCGAGCCUUUAAACCUAAUCCAUAGGCAUGGUGGCGACAUUGCCAGGGACACCCCAUUGACUACUGAUAUGACUGCUCGUCUGCUUAGACAUGCAAUGACCAUGCGUAUCUUUCGCGAGACUUCACCGGGAAUUGUUGCCCAUACUGCCGCUUCGAGGACACUGCACAAAUCGGCAGCCAAUGACUGGCUGCAAGCUGGUACAACGGAGAUGUGGCCGGCAGCUGUCAAGACUAUCGAUGCUCUCAAGAAAUGGCCAGCAUCUGGAGAACCCAACGAGACGGGCUACUCUUUGGCGAAUGAUACCUCUGAGACCAUUUAUCAAAUCUUCUCCAAAGAUAUGGAGCGGGCUUCCCGAUGGGCCAGAGGAAUGCAGAUCUUCGCCGAGAGGCCCCAGUUUAGUUUGGCUUACACCACCGACUAUUACGACUGGGAAUCUUUAGGUAAAGCCCACGUUGUCGACGUCGGCGGUUCCUCAGGACACGUUUCUUUAGCGCUAGCGAGGAAGUUUAGCAACCUCAGCUUGACCGUGCAGGAUAUGGAGCAACUUGUCGCAAAUGCGACGGUUCCAGGGGACGUCCAAGGAAGAGUCAAAUUCAUGGCCCACGACAUCUUCUCCCCACAGCCUGUCAAAAACGCCGAUGUCUACUAUCUGCGUUGGAUCCUGCACAACUGGUCUGACAAAUACUGCAAUUUGAUCUUGAACGCACUGCUGCCUGCGCUCAAGCCUGGAGCGAGGGUCAUAAUCCAUGAAUCUCUGAUUCCAGAGCCUGGUACAACGGCGAUGUGGAAGGAGAAGAACCUGAGGGCAACUGAUCUAAACAUGGCUGGCGCUUUCAACGCAAAGGAGAGAACAAAGGUCGAAUAUGAAUCUUUGUUCAAGAAGGUUGACCCAGCGUUUACCCUUCGUAACGUAGUCGAGCCCAAGGGGUCAGCACUCCAAAUGGUGGAGUUUUUAUGGGAGGGUACCACUUAG